CAGUCGGAUUGUAGACCUGGUUUCGAGUUGACUUCAAUUUUACUUUACUGUGAGAGUUCAAAAGCGGAGGAGAAUUUCCCGUGCAGUUUUAGUUUCAAUCAUUUUUUUUUUCGGUGAAAUUCAAGUAAAAUCGUACAUCUUUUGAAGCUUUUGUACAAUAAUCAUAAUUCAGUUUUCGUUUCAACGAAAAAUAAUUUACUCAAAAGCUAAAAAACAUAGUGAGGUUUGAAUGCAGCAGCAUAAGUUUCUUUCAACAUUUCAUUGUGGCACGAAAUAUUCUGCCAAAUGCAUCUUGUGUUACUGUCAAGUUGAGGAAUAUUUCAAAGAGUUAUCAGGCACACUUUUCCGGGAAAUUUUAUGAAUUUACUGUCAGAUGGAUCUAGUUUCUCAAUGGAAUAAUAUUAAUAAUAAUUGAGCUCAAAAUACACAACAUAAAACUCAAAACACGGAUUCAAACUCAUAAUGUGAAAUAGAAAAUAUCUUUCGAUGAAAAGAUAUCGUUUUCAGUUGUUCCAUUAAUUUAAUUGCAAACGUGUGUUUGUGCAACAAAAACAAGUCAUGGAAAUGUUGUUUAAAUCCUACAGAUAUGGUGAGACUUCAUAUUGGGGAAGUACAAAAGAAAAACGUUUAAUAAAAUUUCGUUGAGUGCGUUGUCAAUUACUGCGCCAAAAUGUUACAUCUAAAAGUGGAUUCAUUACCAGACCCGACAUAUCGAUUCGAUUUGGGUGAUGAGAUUGCUACCGGAGUUUGGGCAAAAGUUUACAAGGCCAUCGAUAGAGAAGCGAAUGGUAGAACGGUUGCUAUUAAAAUUCAACCGUAUGAGAAUGACAAAAGGCAUAUCAUUGAUGAUGAGUACCGUAUUUUACGCGAUUUUUCCGAACAUCCCAACUUUUUGGACUUUUAUGGCGUGUAUCGUAAACGUAUUAAAAAUGGAUCCGAUGAAAUAUGGUUUGCGUUGCAGUAUUGCGAAGGUGGUUCCAUUAUCGACUUUGUAAAACGUCUGCAAUCGGUUAAUCGGCGAUUAUCCGAAGAGCAUAUUGCAUACAUUUUGAGAGAAGCAGCUAAAGGACUGGUGAAAAUGCACAAAAAUUAUUUUGUGCACCGCGACGUUCGAGGCAGCAAUAUUUUACUGACCGUAGAUGGAGAAGUGAAAUUGUGCGAUUUUGGGCUGACAAAAAGUACACACAACACUUUUGGAAAGCGAAGCACGUGCAUUGGAUCGCCUUGCUGGAUGGCUCCGGAAAUGUUUGGAACGCCAUCGAAGAAAAACGAUGAAUUGUACGGCAGUCGUGUGGAUGUCUGGGCUUUGGGCAUUACGGCUAUUGAACUUGGCGAUGGUGCAGCUCCAUUUUUGGAUAUGCAUCCAACGCGUGCCAUGUUUCAGAUCGUGAGAAAUCCACCACCAACCCUUUAUCGGCCAGCCAAUUGGUCGCAGAAUUAUAACGAUUUUAUUGCCGAAUGUUUGGAGAAAAACCCAGACAAUCGCCCGUUUAUGGUCGAAUUAUUGGAACAUCCAUUUUUCACCGAACUUUCUGGACCCACCGGAAAUGAUCAUCAUUUUUCAUGUGAAAUAAAGCAUUUGCUGUCGCAAAUCGAUGUUUUGGAUAAAUUCCCGAAAGAAGAGAUUUCCAUUAUGGAAGGAUGCAUCAAAAGGUACGAUGCAGAUCCGGAGAAAAUGUUGGUCGAAGACUUGUGCAGUUUGGAUAGAUUGACCGAAGAGAGGAUUGCGGAAUUACUGAAACAGAGAUUGGAAAGAGGCGAUUCGUACUCAUUUGCUGGUGAUGUUCUGAUUUCAUUGAAUUCCAAUGAAUUGCCCAAGCAAUUUUCGCGCGCUUUUCACAGCCGAUACAAUUGCAAAUCACGUUCGGACAAUUCUCCGCACAUAUUCACCGUUGCCGAUAGUGCGUAUCAAGAUAUGUUACACCAUGAAGAUCCGCAGCAUAUUCUAUUUGCUGGUGAAAGUUAUUCGGGAAAAACGACCCAAUUUCGCUUAACAAUUGAUCAUUUAUGUUUUUUGGGUUCGGGCAAUCAGAAUUGCAGUACUCGUGUACGAAAAUCCUUGGAUAUCGUACAUUCUUUAGUAAAUGCUGGCACGCCAGUCAAUCCCGAUUCAACGAGAUGUGCUUUGCAAACGCAGCUAACUUUUGGGACAGCUGGUAAAUUAAGUGGAGCUAUUUAUAACGUGUUCUUAUUGGAAAAGUUGCGCGUAUCUUCAACCGAUAUGGAUCAAUCCAACUUUCAUAUCUUCUACUACUUCUACGAUGCAAUGAGUAAAUUGGAUCAACUUGAUUCAUUGAAUUUGGAAUCAGGUCGGAAUUACCGUUAUUUGCGUGUUGAAUCAGAGUUAUUGGAUUGCAAGCUGCCAUAUUGCCGUGACGAUCCAGAAGGAAAUGUUACGAAAUUCCAACAAUUCGAAGAGAAUCUUAAGCUGAUGGAUUUCGAAGAGGGAGAAAUCGAAUCGAUUCGCAAGGUUUUAGCUGCAAUUUUAAUCUUAGGCAAUGUUCGAUUCACUGAAGAUGGUAAAUUUGCAACGAUCGAAACCACCGUCGAAGUGCAUAAAGUGGCUCAACUGCUUGAGUUGGAUGAAAAGAAAUUUGAAUGGGCGCUGGUCAAUUAUUGCCUGGUUCAAGGUGGAUUGGCCGAAAAACGAAAACAUACCAACGAUGAGGCGCGAGAUGCACGUGAUGUCCUUGCCGGAACGAUUUACAGCCGCUUGGUUGAUUGGAUCGUUAAUAUUAUCAACCAGAAAUUUGCCUUCGGUCGAGCCAUUUUUGGCGAUGCGAAUAUGAUUUCGCUGAACGAUAUGUUUGGCUUUGAGUGCUUGCCUCGCAAUCACAUCGACCAAUUGAUGAUUAAUUCGCUGAAUGAGCAGCUGCAAUACCUCUAUAAUCAACGGAUGUUUGCAUGGGAAUUGCUUGAAUUGGAAGAAGAACAAAUUCCGCAUUCCAUUUACAAGUAUCACAACAACAAAAAAACCGUUGACCAUUUGAUGUCCAAACCGUACGGUUUGUUCUUCUUUUUGGACGAUUGUACGCGCGAUCGAAUGAACUAUGAAUUCAUCACUGAUACGAUCAGUAGAAGGAAAAAUUCGUAUGUGCAAAGAGCAAGUGUACAUGAGUUCAGUGUGGCCCAUUAUACUGGAAAAGUCACCUAUGAUGUCCGUAAUAUGGCUGAUAAAAACCGAGAUUUUCUUCCUCCAGAAAUGAUGGAAACUUUGAGAUUGUCCACUGAUGAAAUGGUGAAGAUAUUAUUCUUGAAUCCAUUAUCAAAAACGGGCAACCUCACUGUUGCUUACAAUCAUCAAAUGCCAGUUGGCAAAUGCGAAAAAACUAAAUCCAAAUGGGGUGCAGCUUUGGUUGCUGAAAAACAUAGGGCCAAGAAAUUGAACACACUUUCGCAUGGACAAUACUCUCAAGUUCACAAGAUGCGAACUUUGUCAGCAGUAUUCCGAAUGACAUCAUUGGAAAUCUUGAAAGGUCUAUCGAUUGGCGGCAGCAGUGGAAAUACACAUUUUGUGCGAUGCGUUCGACCAACUUUGGAUUAUAAACCAAGAGCUUUCCAUAGUGAUAUGGUGCAUCAACAAAUUCGAGCAUUGCAAAUUUAUGAUACAGCUGUAGCUCGUCAAAAAGGUUUUUCACAGCGUAUUUGCUUCCAGGAGUUCUUGAGACGAUACAAGUUUUUGGCAUUCGAUUUCGAUGAGAAUGUUGAAAUGACCAAAGACAACUGCAGAUUGCUUUUGAUUCGAUUGAAGAUGGAGGGAUGGGCAAUUGGAAAAACAAAAGUCUUCCUGAAAUAUUACAAUGUUGAAUAUCUAUCUCGAUUGUAUGAGACUCAGGUGAAGAAGAUCGUCAAGGUGCAGUCAAUGAUGCGUGCGUUUCUGGCAAAACGUAAUGUGGCAAGUAGAUUGAAGGCUUUCCACCAAGUAUCAGUUCAAAAAGAGGGAAAAGUCGAUGGUCAUCAUUUAACCGAUGAUCAGGCAGCGGUUACCAUCCAAAAAGCUUAUCGCGGAUAUAAGGUUCGACAGAAGUAUGGGCCUUUGUUGAAUUCAAACACCGGCAAAAUCGAUUUGGAAACAUCGAAAUUCAUUCGACCAUUUGCUAAACGUUGGCUAGCCAAAUCGAUAUUCCAAAUUCUCUUACUGUAUCGUUCCGCACGUUAUCAAGAUUUAGUAAAUCUUACUCAACAGAUUCAUUUAUAUAAUCAAGCUGCUGUUGCUAAUAUAAGACAAUACAAUGAAUGCAUGAUGUUGGAAAAAAUUGAUCCAAGGGAAACAAACCCAGCGCUGCUUGGAUCAGUGCGUCAACCUGUUCGAAAAUUGCCAUUCCGUUUGGACGAAAUACCAUUUUAUGAUACGAAUUACAUGUGCGAUCCAACCACCGGCAAAGCCCUGGAACAAAUCGAUGACUCAGACAACGAAGAUUGGGAUGCUCCACUUCGACGCACCACCAACAUUUCCAGCCAUAUUAUCAACUCAUCCAGUGUUUCGUCCGGUUUCAAUGCCAACAAAUAUCAACGAAUCAUCCCUGGCGAUGAGCCAUCACGUCAUUUCCCAGAACCAACGCGUCCUAUUGUCUAUAAGAGCCGCGCUGGAUCACCCACUCCAAAACCAAUUAUACGCUAUGAUGGCCCUGAUCGUUCGGUAGCCAGUGAAGAUUUGAAUGCAGUUAGAGGCAAAUUGAACCCAGUCAAGGAGUUACAGAUGAUCGGACGCCAAAAUUCGAGUAAUAAUGAUGAGAACACUGACGAUGCGCCACCGUUUAACUUCCAAGGAAUGCUACGAAAAACGCAACAUCAACGCGCAUCGAUGAAACGAACCAAAACGGAGGACGAAAGUUCGCCAACCAAUGGAAAUAUUGUCUUUUCAUCGGCAUCGAUGAAACAAAACUUUGAUUUUGAUGAAAAUGAUAAUUUGCCACCGCCGGUGGCACCGCGUCUAAAACCAAUAGCUCCUCCCGUUCCAUCGCAACGAAAGUUAUCAUUCGGUGAAAGUACAUUGCUCGGCGGUGACGAUGCACUACACAACAUUGGAACCUAUGUUCAAGAAGAAAUCCAUCCUGGCAUUAUGCUCGAGUACGAAGGCGACGCAGUUGAAUUAUAAGUGUUUCAUUUUAUUUAUAUACCUAGUAAAUCAUGUUUUACUUUCAAAAUAGAAUUUAUACCAAUAUUUAUUUGUGUUGUUUAAAUAAAUGAACUCGAAUAAAGAUUUAAUACUGAACUA